AUGAAUGCCACGACGAGGAGCCUGGCCUGUCGUAAUCUCCGGUUCAGCCGGCGAGAGCUAAAGUGCUUUGAAAUCAUGCUGUAUCACAGCGAAAACCAGCUAAUUGAGAGUUAUAUGCUGCAGAUAGAUCAAUUGGAGUCUGGGGCCGCCAGACAGCCAGCGGAGGAUCCGCACCUGAUUGAGUACGAGCAACAGCUGCGCUCCGCUCUGUACAAACUGUCUGAACGCGUCAAACCGUUGCCAAAGCUUCCCGGCAACAGCCAGUUCAAGGCGGCUGAGACUCCACAGCAUAAGAACGCGCCAUCGGCAAAAGUCUGCCUGCUGCCGCUGGCCACAGUCGACAAUGUGGGAUUGAAAAUGCAGGCGAGCAUCUUUGGUUGA